GGACGGGGGAAGGGAAGCUGAGAUUGGAGGGAGAAACAAUCAGAAACUGAGUUUUCAGAUCUUGUGUACAUAUGACAGCCCCUUCUCAGGACUCUGGUCAUACAAGAACUCUAUCCAUGACCCACAUCUCACUGGACACCUGCAGUGCUCACUUUGGACAUGCGCUUCUAUUCCAUAUGAGGCUGAAGACAUAAUAAAGCUUUGGUACAAGAAAAUAAAACUGCACCUGUACUGGUACUUCUAGUUGCAUACUGGAUUUAUCUUGUGUGCCAAAGUAAUGAAGUGUCUCGGACAGGGAGACCCCAGCCCUGAAAAGCUAUGUCAUCAUCCAGCUUCUGUGUACCUCUGAUGGGGCUGAGGAGUGAACCCACUCGCCAAGCAGAUCUAUGGUGGAGAGGAAGGAGGCAAGUUUCCAGGAAACUUGUGUAUUGAUGGAAAACCAUUUCCUCUAGUCAGCUCUUGUAGACGGAUAACUGCACAUCCCUCUCUGUGUACACAUUCAAGGUUAGACUUUGGGGUAGCAAAUAAAACCAGGCUCCCAUCAAAACCACACAAUCAUCGCUAUUACGCAGAAUAUGAUGUGCACCACAUGGAUUUCUGUCGCCAGUGACAGCUCUGUGAAAUCAUACUGAUGACUGUGGACGUUGAGUUCUCUGUGUGUAUGAGGAGAAAAUGAGAAAAGCUUAGAAACUUGCAGCCACUACACAUGUGCACUAUAGAAACCAUGGUGGUCCUUGCAUCAGCUCCUCAGCCCAUCACAGUCCAUGACUUCAGAAGUCUGUAGACGCCAGGAUCAGGAACACGCUCGCCAGCCAACACACUCAUAUGCAAUGGAAGAAGACAUUGAUGUCACAUCCCGUACUGAGGGUCUGAAUGGGUUGUCCUGUGAAUGUAAACCAUUAGAGGAGAUCACCAAUGGACACUCCAAUCAUAAGCCUGUCAUGAAUGGACUGAUUAUUGGUCAUAACGUCAAAGACCACACCAACGGCAGCGCACCACUCAGAUCCCUGCCGAUUUCAGCGCUGAAGCAGAAUGGGCUUCUGCAGACCCUGGCAGCUGGAGGGGACCAGCCUAAGCCUACAGAGGAAAAUGUGGAGUUGGAAAAAGCCAGACAGGAGUGGGAGGCUCUGGAGAACGUCCAACCAGCUCUCACUGAGGACUCAAACCCAACCCCACUCAUCUCCUUCAAUGAAGCCCUGCAGUACUUCCAGACCACAGACCUUGGGGACUUGCUAAAGAACAUCCAGCCAACCAUUCGCAGGACAGGUCUGGCCGCUAUCACACACUUCCUCUUUGGACCUCCACGACUGCACCGGGAACUGUUGGAAGAGAGGGAUCUGGUCUUUGCCAUUGCACAGUGUCCUGUGGACAACAGCCAAACCGUCCACAUGCGUGUCCUCCAGACCAUUUAUAAGAGGCUGAUUGGCUGCAGGCUGGACUGUCCUCGCUAUGGGGCACACUGGGAAAACAUUGGCUUUCAGGGUACAGACCCAGCCACAGACCUACGUGGCACUGGUUUCCUCGGACUGAUGCAUACUCUGUACUUUGUGAUGGACCCAGAGACUCUGCCACUGGCUCGAGACAUCUACAAGUUAUCACAACACCCUACACAGAACUUUCCAUUCAGUGUGAUGUCAAUCAACAUGACCCGCAUCGCUCUGCAAGUACUCAGAGAGGAAGCCUUGUCCAAGGAGUGCAAUCGUCGUCAGCAAGUGGUCGGUGUGCUGAAUGAGUUCUACGUUGCCACGUAUCUGCACCUGUACCAACUGUGGAAGACCCAGCAGAAGACCAUUGCUGACUCUGGCUUUGUACUAAAAGAAGUGGAGCUGUUUGCCAAAAAGAACCCCAAGCAGAUGCUGCGCCGACUAGAGGUCUUCCUGAAAGAGAGGCGGGCAGGUGGAAUUCCCCGUGGGACGUCGUCAGACCCUCAGGCUCCACAGCCAUCUCCCAGCCUGGGGGAGCGUGCGGCCAGAGCCGGGGCGGGACAGGGAAGCAAGGGAAAGGAGAUGCACUUCACAGGAGUGUGUGAUCUACCGCCAGACAUGGAGGGAGAGGCCAGACUCAUCUAAGCUAGACUCUGUGUGAGUGCGUGAGCGUGCGUGUGAGCAUUCCUGCUUGUGAGUAUAUCUAUUAGUGUAUUUGCAAGUGGCUUAUUCAGAGAGCUAGAAGAAGAACCCCACCAGGACCCUGAUCUAGGACCUGCUAUCUGAACCUUUUCAAACACUUCCACUCCUUCCAUUGACGCUGGGGUGCUGCACUUUGAUCAGAUAAAGCAAAGGGGUCUUUCAGAGUUAUAUUUGAUUUUUGCUUUUGUUUUUUUGUUUUUUUGUUUGUUUUUAAGCAGAGAACAUAGAACAGUGAAAUAAAAAGAGCUGAUGCAGGUCAGAAACACAAGAUGUCACAAAACAAGAAAGUGAAUGUUUGCACUUUUCUGUGGAUUUAGUAGCCAAAUCAAUAGCUGCCAAAUUCUUGUGGUUACUCUCUACCUGCCUAGAAAUCCAAAACAUACACAGUUGUGUUCUAAGGAUCUCUCAGUCAGGUUAUGUUAGCAUUACCGGGGGUGGGGCUGGGGGGUGACAAAAGCAUGGAGUGGCUUUUGUAAAAGGCUUGGCUAUCUGUCUUAACUCCAGGAUACUGUUCCAUUACAUGAGCAUGCUAACGGCCCAUAAUGCAACUGAAGGGUAGCAUUGUUCGGCACAUUGUUAAGCGCUCUGUUAACUUAACUAAGAGAAGAAAAAAAUGAAGCAGUUUCAAUCCCUUAUAUAGAACAAACACAAGCAGGUUUUCUCUCAGCAUGAGAGGGGAGUGGCAGAUAGAGAAUCCAGAGAAGUCACAGAAGCUUUUGAGCGGCGAGCAGAAAUCGCAAGUAAACGCUGUUCUCAAAAAUCGCACACAGUAGGCUUUGAGUGCAGCUUGCUUUGAAGGUCUAAUCACUUUGCAUUCUCUGUCAUAGUGUGACUGAAAUACUUGUCAUGUGAAAGAUGUAGAACGGACUCAGUCCAGAUGUAUGGAGGUAUAGCCAGUCGUUGGUGUACUCAUGGUGUCUGUUGCCUGGGGUGUGAUAGACUAGGUGCAGAGCUCCUACUUAAUAUGGGGGAAUAUAUUUUAAAUAAUUAAAAAAAAUAAUAACUAUUUUAGUCCUUUCUGAAGGGACAGCUGUCAUAACGUCACAGUUAUGUAUAAAAGCACUUCAGAGUUUUGUUAUUAAACUGAUGGCUGAGUGGCCGUGAGAAGGAUUUUUAACACUGUUAAAUUCCACCUGAACGUCUGAAAGUCCUCUGACUUCUCAACUUUUCACGGUUAAAGCCAAAGAGACACUUCAUAACAGAGUCUGUGUGCUUGGCUUGGUCCUGGCUGAAGUCAAAGGUCUGGUAUGAGCUUUCUCUACAUUCCGUUACAAAGCAUGUGAUUGUAAUUUUUUUGACCAGUUAAAACUUUAUUCCUGUGUGAGUGCGAGUGAGUGUGUGCGCGCAAGCUUGCUCGUGUGUGUGUGGUGAGAUGAAUGAGCUGAUAUUGAUGAAGGGUGCCUCUCCUAGGAGAUGUAGGGUACAGUAUGCAAUCCCAGCUCUUACUCCAUGAUAAUCAAAACGAUAGUGCUGUGUGACGAUAGAAAUCGUUCCUAACUUCAGGGUUUGUGUGCUUGUGCAAUUGAGUGUGUGCGUGUGUGUGUUGUAUGACAGGAACUGACUACAGAUGGGGUGCUUUCCUCUGCACACAAUAAGCCAGCUUUACUAAGUACUUGAUCCAUCAAGCUGCAAAGACGGUACUUUUGUCAUUUUAGAAAUGGUACAUAACAUUGCUAAAGAUUUAUCUUAAAACAAGAAGAACACAUUCUUUGGUUUGCUUUUUUUUUUUUUUUUUUUAAACAAAACAAAACAAAAAAACAGGUGUUGGUUCUGGACAUAGCUGGUUUCAGCGGCUCUGUGGCCUGGAAUGGGUAGAGCUCCUCAGCAAAGCUGGUUCCUGCUUUGUGCUAAUGUGAAACCGUCUCCCAUCGUCGUAGUCUCAAUCUGUAGCAUGUUCAGGUAGCACUAGUACUGUAGCAUCCUAUAGCCUCCUCCUCUUCGUAAAGCUUGUUGAUGUCACGUCUCAGUUACAGUCCGUAGUGUCAGUGAGUGCGCAAACUGUUACUACUAUAGCACAUUCAUUUCAUAUUGUCAUUAAGCCUCCUCCAGGAGACACACAUUUAGGUGGCACAGUGUGUGUUUUGCAGAGAUGUGGGACAAGCCUGACACGUUAUUGAGUUCAACCUUGUCUUCUAAGAAGGUGACGGUAAAAAAAAAAACGGUGCCUACAUCCAGUGGAGCCAUGUGGGGUAGAAUACUGGUUGGUCUUCGCCUCCCUUUUUUUUUUUUCUUUCUUUCAUUUGAGCCACCGUGCCACAGUUAGACUUCCUCCAUUCAAGUAACACAGUGAACAGAGUUGUUGUUACCCAUAAUAACACACAGGCCUAAUGGAUAUAUACAUUAAAAAAAAAAACACACAGGCGUAAAAUUUUCAAUGUCAGCAUCUACUUACAAUUGUUCUUGAUAAUUGUUCUUUGCCAUCUCCACCAUGUAACUUCAGAAACGAGCUGAUGUAGUUUUGCCAACUGUUUGCGAGUGUUUUCGAUUGAUCAGGAAAAUUUGCACUGUUGUAGAUCUUUGAUAGUAUGUGUGACGUAUGCAAGAGGAAACAGGCCAUCUUCAAUAGCCAUAAUGUUCAUUAUCGCCCACCUCAUGACACAGGCUUCGUGAAGUCAGAUCCCCCUCCUCGCUCUAAAACAAUUGCACCAUGGAUAUGAUCUUGCAUUUAGUUUUAUUAAAUUUUAAACUGAGGAGCAGUACAGUGUAUGUAAAUCAGGAAGUUUGUAUAUAGAGAAUUAAUGAUUGUAACUGUAUGAUUGUCUGUAGGGCAUUAUACUGAAACACAUUGCUUACCUCAAGACUUGAGACAAAUCUCUCCUUUCUCUCUCCUGACGUUUGUUUGGCCUUUCAGUCAGACACUAUCUUUUUAUGUUUCCUUGUACCUAGGCCUUCUCUCAUACCAAUUGGACAUGUUAUAUAAUGUAUAUUCAACACCUGGCGCAGUACGUAAUAACAAACUAACACAAAAGCUGGUCAAUGUUAUGUGUAUUCUAUUUAAAGACACAUUUAUAGACACUAUAUAGGCCCACACGCGCUCUGAUCCACAUCAGCAGAUUGAAAAAAAAAAUCCCUUUUAAAAUGAUCUAUAAUUGGCUGAUGUUUACCAUGUUGAAAUAAGCUGGUUUUCUUGUGGCUUCAGUGAUAGUACAGUAUACUUUUGCUGUGUUUAAGUGUUUGAUGUCAGGGAAACACGCAGAAACAAUCCCGUCUUUACAGCUACAGUCACAAACAAACUGUUCAAUAUAUGAUUGUAAAGAUAUAGGCUUGAUUAGCAGUCAUAAUACUGUGUAUGCUUUGACCUUGGUAUAUAUUCAGUAUCCAAACAAGGCCUGAUUUAUCCUCUCAUAUUACCAAAAGUUAUAUUUUCAGCAGUUGUUAAUAGAUCAUAUUCUUAUGCUUUGAUCAUCAUUUGGAAUCUCCUCAGUUGUGAAACCAGAACCAAGAGAGAAAAAAAACAAAACAAACACAAAAAAAACGGGUUCUUGCAGGAUGUCGGAUGCUCUGAGAGGUGCGCUCUGAAGUUCUGCUUCCUACAGCAGCAGCUCGGCAAAUACAAUCACU